CGACCGCCUUGGCCGUCUUGGAACAACUUCGUUGUAAAACCCGGGAGAACACAUCCAUCCAGUAGAGAUAAGGCUACACGACCCGAUCUUUUAGAAAACACGAAUUCGCCGGAAGCUGGAACAUCGCGGUGGGAAUGGGAGUGCGGCAACUCACAAAACGCCUUGAACUCAGCUCUUUCUUCCAUUGGAAGAGCAUAACAACAGUGAUUACUGUGAACAAUUACUGAGUACGAGCAACCACUAGCUAGCUUGAAUGCAUGUAGAGCAUGGGAACCUUCCAAGUCGAAACCAUCAUCGAUGCUCCAAUUGCCGCGGUUUGGGACCGUCUGGCCGGAGACAUUGGUAGCAUUGCCGAGUGGAAUCCGGGUGUCCAAGAAUCCUACGUGCUGGACGGAGCCAAAAAGACGGGCCUUGGAGCACAGCGGCAUUGUGAUCUAGGAAACGGGAAUCAUUUGGAAGAAGAGGUUGUCAAGUUUGAACCCGAAACUGCCAUUACGUUUCGAAUCACCAAUAGCAACAUGCCCUUUGCCCGCGCCGACAUUCGAUUCUCCUUGGCAUCGGUAGAAACUGGGCACAACAACAGUGGCAGCAGUACCAAGGUUAUUGUUUCACCUGACUAUCAACUCAAGUACGGAUGCAUUGGCGAGUUCUUGGAUUGGAGCAUGGUCAAGAGAACCUACAAAAAGGGAAUGAAGAAUUUGUUGGGUGGGCUCAAGAAGGAUGUUGAGGCCAAUCAGCAACUACAGUCCUUCUUUCAAUAGCAACUCCACAAAGGAACUGUACUUUAGAAUAUGUUCUUAUAAUCAUUUUUGUUACUUCCUCUAACCAUUGUUUCGUCUCGUAGUGUACGUUCUGAGGGCUACCGGUACCGGUUGUGGUUUUCAAGCACGAGGUGCCCCAGCACCUGACCCGGUAAUGCACUAGCUAGUGCUGCUCCCUCUUGUGGAGGCAGUGACCGGCGAGCGACGACUUCCGGACAACUUGUGGAUUCGAUUCGAUUCGAUUCGAUU